GUCACAAAUUAAAUAAGUUAUCAUCCAAAUUAACCUUCAAUUCAAUGGCUAAUUCCAUAAAACUUUCCUCAAUUUUCUUCUUAUUUUGCUUUCUCCAACAAUUAAUUUUCUCUAAUGGUCAAAACAAUGUUGUUAAAGGAGGGUAUUGGUUUCGGGACAGUGGAUUAUCCUCAAAUAACAUUGAUUCAACUUAUUUCACACAUCUAUUUUGUGCGUUCGCAGACCUUAAUCCUCAAACAAAUCAAUUAAUCAUAUCCCCGGAAAAUCAAGAUUCGUUCAGGCAAUUUACAAGCACAGUUACGAGAAGAAAUCCUUCAGUAAAAACUCUGUUGUCCAUAGCUGGAGGCAGAGCAAAUAGUACAGCUUAUGGAGUCAUGGCAAGAACACAAAAUUCAAGAAAAAGUUUUAUUGAUUCAUCAAUAAAAUUGGCUAGACAAUUGGGAUUUCAUGGACUUGAUCUUGAUUGGGAAUAUCCUGAAUCAACUACCGACAUGACAAAUUUAGGUACUCUAUUAGACGAGUUUCGUCCUGCCAUCAACACGGAAGCAAGAAAUUCCGGCAGGGCACCGCUGUUUCUCACGGCGGCGGUUUCCAUCACACCUCGAGUGAAUGGUUUGAAUUAUCCAGUUCAAUCAGUGGCUAGAAACUUAGAUUGGCUCAAUGUCAUGGCAUAUGACUUCUACGGACCAAAUUGGGCUCCAUCACAAACCAAUUCACAUGCACAAUUAUUUGACCCCGUGAACCACGUGAGCGGAAGUGAUGGAAUAACUGCGUGGAUUCAAGCCGGCGUUGCAGCACGAAAAUUGGUUCUUGGAAUUCCUUUUUAUGGCUAUGCUUGGCAAUUGGUUAAUGCGAACAAUCACGGUCUCAGGGCUCCUGCAAAUGGAAAAUCAAGUGUUGGUUCGACUGAUGAUGGGUCCAUGACUUAUACUCAAAUUAGAAAUUUUAUAACGCAGAAUCGCGCCACAACUGUUUAUGAUACAACGAUUGUUGGAGAUUAUUGUUACUCUGGUAAUGCUUGGAUUAGUUAUGAUGAUACUCAAAGUGUUAGAAACAAGGUUAGUUAUGUUAAGAGUAAAGGAUUGCUUGGUUACUUUGCGUGGCACGUGGCAGCAGACCAAAAUUGGGGACUUUCUCGAUUAGCUUCACAAACAUGGGGAGCAUCAUCUCAAGUGAUGAAAUGAUGGAAUACGUAAUUGUCUUUAAUUUGUCACGUAUAGUACUACUUAUAAUAAGGUGACAAAUAUGUGAACCAUUGACAUGAAAUAAAUAAAUCCAUGUAUCAUAUUGGAUGUUUUAGUUUAUUAUGACUAAAGUGAAUUAAUAAAGUAAAAAUAUAUUAUUAAUUAA